AUGUCUAGCGAUUUCGCUAUCUAUAUUCGAGACAAACUUUUUGACAGCAAAACAUCUGUCGACCAUAAAAUCUUACAUAGUGUAAACAAGAAAGGUGAAUUUGUUCUAAAGUUCUGUUUCUGGGAAUAUGACAAGAACCAUAAAACAUUACAAAGAGCAGUCUUAAAAUUUGUCAAUGACAGACUUGUUGACAGAGAUGACGCCGAUUGGAAAGAUGAAGUCCAACAAAAGUUCUUAGAAUGCAAAGAAAGUUAG